GGUGGGUGUGUACCGGCGUCACUCACAGCCAUGUUUGUUGACAGAAAAGUGGAGUAGAAGCAGGAUUGAGUUGCAACGCAAUAUUUAUUAUAAUUUAAAACAAGACACCUGGUCAUGUCUUCUCCAGAAAUCGCUUCCUUAUCCUGGGGACACAUGAAGGUCAAAGGUUGUUCCGCAUCCUAUAAAGACUGUAAAGUCUGGCCGGGUGGCAGCCGAGCCUGGGACUGGCGUGAAACUGGCACAGAUCAUUAUCCUGGUGUUCAACCAGCUGAUCUGGAUGAGAUUCUCAGAAAAGGGGUGCAGACGCUGGUCAUAGGACGAGGAAUGAGUGAAGCUUUUCAGGUUCCUCCUUCCACUCUCGAAUAUGUGAAGGAACAGGGUGUGGACGUCCGGGUGUUCCAGACGGAGCAGGCUGUUAAAGAAUAUAACGCUUUGGUGGGACGGGGGGCUAAAGUGGGAGGGGUCUUCCACUCCACCUGCUGAUGAUGUCAUUAACACAACUUAAAUCUCCUUCCUUUAUAAGUGCCUAAAGAUUUCAGAUGAACUCUGUUUUCAUAUUAAAAUGGAUUUAGAUGAAAAUGCAGUUUAAAGUAAGUUGGCCUGUGGAGGAUAUGGUUUUGUGUAACGGAAAUGUUAUGUGCUUUAUAAUCAUUAAAGCUGAUGUCAUUUGUUGUU